AUGUCUCCCUUUCUUGAAGCUGAGCCUACGGAACAUGAGUCCUCUGAUAUGUCCGUGCUUUCUAAAUGGACCGCCUCUAGCUCUCCCUCAGUAUCUGGAAAGAGCGAGAUUGAUGAAAUAGUUGUUGUUGGUAUGGCAUGCCGCGUGGCCGGAGGAAAUGAUACCCCUGAAAAGUUCUGGGAGUCCAUCAUGAACAAGACUGUCUCGUCUGGAGAGAUCCCAGCUAUGCGAUGGGAACCAUACUACCGCCGUGACUCUCGGAAUGCUAAGAUCCUCGAUGACACAACAAGCAAGGGGUAUUUUCUGAAGAAUCUCGAAGAUUUCGACAGCACAUUCUUUGGAAUUUCUCCCAAGGAAGCGCUACUGAUGGACCCUCAGCAGAGGAUCUCUCUGGAAGUGACAUGGGAAGCACUGGAAGACGCAGGAAUCCCACCCCAGAGUCUCGCCGGUACCAAUGCGGCAGUAUAUAUGGGCGUCAACUCCGACGAUUAUUCGAAACUCCUUCUCGAAGAUCUCCCAGGCGUGGAAGCCUGGAUGGGAAUUGGAACAGCCUACUGCGGCGUGCCGAACCGAAUUUCGUACUUGCUCGACCUCAGAGGUCCUUCAACUGCAGUCGAUGCGGCCUGUGCUUCAUCCUUGGUUGCCAUUCAUCACGGUAGACAAUCGCUCUUGACGAAGGAGACCGAUGUUGCCAUUGUAGGAGGAGUCAAUGCACUUUGUGGCCCUGGUCUGACCCGUGUUCUCGACAAAGCCGGAGCGAUCUCUAAGGAUGGGACAUGUAGAUCGUUCGACAAUGACGCGAACGGCUACGGUCGUGGUGAGGGAGCGUCGGUUAUUAUUCUGAAGCGCAUGUCAGAUGCACUUCGUAAUCACGACAGGAUUUUGGCAGUCGUCAAGGGCUCCGCUGUUGGUCAGGAUGGCCGUACCAAUGGCAUUAUGGCACCUAACGGACUUGCUCAGGAGGCGGUUGCUCGGUCCGCACUAGUCAAUGUCGAUCCAAAGACCAUUCAAUACGUCGAAGCGCAUGCGACGUCCACAUCUGUUGGUGACCCCGUCGAAAUCACCGCCAUGUCACACAUAUACGGCGCCAACAGAGAGGGAAAUGCUCCUUGCUACAUCGGAAGCGUGAAGCCCAACGUCGGCCACCUAGAAGCUGGUGCAGGUGCGGUAGGUUUCAUGAAGGCAGUCUUAGCACUCAACAAAGGUGUUAUUCCCCCGCAAGCAAAUCUUCAAAAGCUGAACGAAAAAAUUGACUGGGCCACUUCCGGUAUCCGAGUCCCAUUCGAAGCUACCAGCUGGCCAGAGGUUUCCCAACCACGAAGAGCGGCCAUAUGCUCUUAUGGAUAUGGUGGCAGCGUAUCUCACGCGGUCAUUGAAGCAUAUCAAGCAGGCGCUCGUGAUGUUGAGGAGGCGGAUAUUGAUGACGACGGCCCCAAGAUCUUGCUCAUAUCGGCACCGCAGGAAAAGCGACUUUCAGGAUAUGCAAAAGCUCUGGGUGAAUGGAUGGCCAGCAGCCAAGGCACCAAAUUCUCAGUUUCCUCCAUUGCGUCCACUCUCGCGGUUCGACGAGGUCAUCAUGACUGUAGGGCUGGAUUUCUUGUCAGCAGCCAUGAAGAGACGCUCGAUCUGGCUGGAAGAUUAGAGAAAGGAUUGACAUCUCCUGAUAUCGCCACUGGCCGAGUGCUUGGCAAGGAUGAGAACAAUGGAGCUGUUUGGCUCUUCUCAGGACACGGUGCGCAAUGGCUGGAAAUGGGCGUGGAAUUGUUGGCAAAGGAAUCACUCUUCCGUGAGACCAUUCAAGACCUCGAAUCAGUCAUUCAAGAUGAAGCUGGGUUUUCAGCCAUUCAUGCACUGCAGACUAGUGACUUUGAGACCUCGGAUAAGAUCCAGGUUCUCACCUAUGUCAUGCAGAUUGGUCUUGCAACUCUCCUUAGGUCCAAAGGUGCCCGUCCUAGUGCGGUGAUUGGGCAUUCUGUUGGUGAGAUUGCAGCAUCGGUUAUUACGGGGGCUUUGACUCCCUACGAAGGCGCUUUGGUUGUUUGCAGACGGUCUGUCCUUUACCGCGAAGUAAUGGGCAAGGGGGCCAUGGUUCUCGUCAAUAUUCCCUUUGCCGAGAUGCUAACGACACUUGAAGCCCGUUCGGAUAUCACGGCUUCCAUCAACUCAUCGCCGUCAUCCUGUGUCGUCUCUGGUUCGAUUGAGGCAAUCAAUAGGUGGUCUGCCAUCUGGGAAGAGCGUGGAAUCAAAAUAUUCAAGGUCAAGUCGGACGUGCCAUUCCACAGCCCGCUUCUCAAUUGUCUCGCGACAUCUCUAUAUACAUCACUCGUUACGGCUCUUGCACCAAGGACUCCAUUCAUUCCCCUCUAUUCAACAGCUACCGAAAAUCCUCGUGAACCGGUUCCUCGCGAUGCUAGCUACUGGGUCCGUAACAUGGUGCGGCCAGUUUUGCUCACCAGCGCCGUCGAGGCUGCAGCAAAGGAUGGAUACAGAGUCUAUUUGGAAGUCUCCACUCACCCGGUCAUCACACAUUCGGUCAAUGAGACCCUGAUGGAUAUGGAUAUCGAGGACGCUGUUGUUAUUCCAACACUUCUGCGUAACAAACCUACCCGAAAGGCUCUCCUCAAGAGUUUGAUGAUGAUGUGGUUGAAAGGUGUGACGAUAAAUUGGAAGCUGCACUUCGGAGGCGUAGCUUGGGCCCAUGAAGUCCCAAAGACGGAAUGGAAACAUCAGAGCUUCUGGAAACCCAUUGGCACGGGAUCUACCGAUACAAGCACGAUGGUUCAUGAAGUUACUUCUCACACUCUUCUCGGUCAACGCACGUCUGUUGCUGGAGAAAAAAUCACCGUCUUCACUUCGAAGCUUGAUAACGACACAAAGCCAUUCCCGGGAAAUCACCCGCUCCAUGGAACGGAGAUCAUACCAGCAGCUGUACUGUUUAAUACCUUCUUGCACGCAACUGGGACCAAGUCGCUGACGAAUGUCAACCUUCGAGUUCCAGUCGCCAUCAGCGCACCGCGGGACAUCCAAGUUCUCGUACAAGGAACUGAAGUACGCCUUAUGUCUCGCCUUGUCCAAGAGGGUGAAGAGAAAGAAGGCGAUCGCUUGGCGUCGUGGGUUACCCACACCACCGCAAGCACCGUUGCUGAACCAGCUAGCGACAUACCAGCCUACGGGGCUGAUAUCAAUAUUCCUAGCAUUCGGGCUCGCAUCGGAACUGAGCUGAAGACCAGCUUCUCUAUUGAUUACCUUUCUGGUGUGGGUGUUCCCGCAAUGGGGUUCCCUUGGGCAGUCACCCGCCAUGUUGGAAAUACCAAGGAGAUGCUUGUACUUGUAGAUGUCUCUCCAGAAACAGCAAACGAUGCGACUCUCCCAUGGAGUGCCACAUCUUGGGCUCCAAUUUUCGAUGCUGCGACUUCCAUUGGUUCCACGCUCUUCUACGAGACACCACGUUUGCGGAUGCCUGCUCAGGUUGGUAGCACAAGUGUGCGUGACGGUGCAGUUCCCCCAAAGAAAGCCUAUAUCUAUGUGCAAGAAGCUAGCAGUACCUCUACACUUGCUGUCGAUGUCACGAUUACGAAUGAAGCCGGCAUGGCACUUGCUAAGUUUACCUCGAUGCGCUUUUCGGAAAUUGAAGGUACCCCCGGUGCCAGAAAGGACAACAUAGAUGGCCUUGUUCACCAACUCGCUUGGCCAGUCGCUCGUCUCUCUGAAGUUCCUUCGCUUUUGAAACAUGUCGUACUUGUUGGCGAUGAGGAUCAUGCUUUCAUGGAGCCAUAUCUCCGACAACUCUCGAAGCGCCGCGUUAAGACUACCUGUGUUGGUUCAGCACAGUCAUUGUCAGUUGAAAGCAAUUCGGAAGGCACUGUCAUCUUGUAUCUCCCAAGUAGGGUAGCAUCAAUCGAUGAUGUACCCGAGGCAGCCAACAGGUUUUGCAAGGAUCUUCUCGACAUUGUGAAAUAUGCUGCUGCAAACGAGACGAACACUCGUGUAUUCGCAGUCACAGAUGAAGCUCUUCAUGGUACCAGCUGCAGUUCUCUCGCACAUGCUCCAUUGUUAGGACUAAGUCGCAUCAUCGCAGCUGAGCAGCCUAGUCUCUGGGGCGCGCUCAUUGAUGUGGACUGUGAAACCUUUCCUUUCCACGUCGUCAAAAACAUGUCCGGAGCAGAUGUGGUCAAGGUAGAAGACUCCAUUCCUCGAGUUGGUCGCCUGAGAGCCAUGCCACAGAAUAAAUCGUAUCCCUCAAACCAGUCUGCAAAGCUUCAGCCUCGGCCUGAUGGGACUUAUAUCAUCUCUGGCGGUCUCGGCGCUCUUGGUCUCGAAGUCGCUUCUUUUUUGGUGGAACGCGGAGCACGCAGAAUCGUCCUCCUCUCUCGUCGUGCCCUCCCACCUCGCAAAGAUUGGAAUGUCGCGAUAGAACCGGAGAAGGGAAUUAUUGGAAAUAUCCAAGCACUUGAAAUGGUCGGAGCAACGGUAUAUUGUCUCGCUCUCGACCUGAGUGCAGCCAACGCCUCCGUCAUUCUUUCUGAAAAGCUAGACUUGUUAUCCUUACCGCCCGUUGUGGGAGUUGUACACGCCGCCGGCGUCGUAGGAGAUGAGCUGGUUCUCUCCACCACCCCAACUGCCUUCAAUCGCGUUCUCGCACCCAAGGUAGCCGGGGCCAUAACUCUGCACAAAGCAUUCCCACCCACCUCAGUCGACUUCUUCAUGCUCUUCUCUUCCUGCGGCCAACUCUUCGGGUUCCCAGGCCAAGCUUCCUACGCAAGCGGCAACGCCUUCCUAGACGGUCUCGCGGAACACCGUCGCGCACGCGGCGACAACGCAAUCGCCUUGCAGUGGACCAGCUGGCGCGGUCUAGGCAUGGCAGCUACCACGCAAGCCAGCGCAGAUUUCAUCGAAGCCGAGCUCGAAGGCAAAGGAAUCACCAGCAUCAGCCGCGACGAGGCUUUCCUCGCCUGGGACCACGUCGCCAAAUUCGACAUCGCCCACGCCGUCAUCCUCCGCACCCGCACCCUCGACGCAACCGAAGUCCUUCCCGCAGACAUCCUGACCGAAAUCGCCGUCCGUCGCGCACCAUCCACGCCCUCCCCCGUCGAAUCUGUUCCUGCUCCUGCCCCAGCGCUCCCGCCGCCAGGGCCAGACCGCACCGUCUACCUCACGGCCCAGAUCGCCGGGUGCGUCGCUACCGUCCUGCAGCUCCCUGAUGUCAGCGACGUGGAUCCGAGGGUUGCGCUGCCGGAGCUGGGUAUGGAUUCGGUCAUGACGGUCGCGCUGCGGAAACAGUUGCAGAUGACGUUGGGGGUGAGGGUGCCGCCUACGUUGGUGUGGGGGCAUCCGACGGUGGGGCAUUUGGUGAGGUGGUUUGCUGGGAAGGUGUGA